UUCUUGUACCACAACAGUCUUUAGCCCCUCCUUCCUUCUCUCUUUAGCUCUUUCUUUCUUUCACAUUGUACACAUAAACAAAAUAUAUUUUUUUAAACACCCUUUUCUCUCCUUAACCUAAAUUUGUUCUUUUUUUUUUGAAGAACAAAAAAAAAAUCAUGAAAAUUAGUAUCAAAGCAUCAACACUUGUGAAGCCAUCAAAGCCAACACCAACAAAAAGACUUUGGAGUUCUAAUUUGGAUUUAAUUGUUGGAAGAAUACAUCUUUUGACAGUUUAUUUUUAUAAACCAAAUGGAUCUUCAAAUUUCUUUGAUAAUAAAAUACUGAAAGAAGCUUUAAGCAAUGUUUUAGUUUCAUUUUAUCCAAUGGCUGGUAGAUUAGCUAGGGAUGAACAAGGAAGAAUUGAAGUUAAUUGUAAUGAUGAAGGUGUUUUAUUUGUUGAAGCUGAAAGUGAUUCAUAUGUUGAUGAUUUUGGUGAUUUUACACCAAGUAUGGAACUUAGGAAACUCAUUCCUAGUGUUGAAACUAAUGGAGAUAUCUCAACUUUCCCACUCGUCAUAUUUCAGGUUACUCAUUUCAAGUGUGGGGGAGUUGCUCUUGGUGGUGGAGUAUUCCACACGUUAUCCGAUGGUCUCUCAUCCCUCCACUUCAUCAACACGUGGUCGGACAUAGCCCGUGGCCUCUCCGUUGCCAUCCCGCCGUUCAUCGACCGAACGCUCCUCCGUGCACGGGACCCACCAACAUCUUCUUUUGAGCAUGUCGAGUACCAUUCUCCUCCUACCCUCAACUCAUCAAAAAACCAUGUGUCUAUAGGCCCAAAGCCUAGUACCACGGCCAUGUUGAAAUUCUCAAGUGAACAACUCGGGCUACUCAAGUCCAAGUCAAAACAUGAGGGUAGCACUUAUGAAAUCCUCGCGGCCCAUAUCUGGCGAUGCACAUGUAAGGCACGUGGAUUGUCAGACGAUCAAUUGACCAAAUUACAUGUGGCCACUGACGGUAGGUCAAGGCUUUGCCCUCCGUUGCCACCUGGUUACCUAGGAAAUGUGGUGUUCACGGCCACACCAAUGGCUAAAUCAUCUGAGCUUCAAUCAGAGCCGUUGACGAAUUCCGCCAAGAGAAUUCACAACGAAUUGUCGAAAAUGGACGACAAUUACCUAAGAUCAGCACUCGAUUACCUGGAAUUACAACCUGAUUUAUCGACCCUGAUCAGAGGGCCAACUUACUUUGCUAGCCCUAAUCUUAAUAUUAAUAGUUGGACUAGGUUGCCUGUCCAUGACUCUGAUUUUGGAUGGGGUAGGCCAAUUCAUAUGGGACCAGCUUGCAUUUUAUAUGAAGGGACAGUCUAUAUUAUACCAAGUCCAAACACUAAGGAUAGGAACUUGCGUUUGGCUGUUUGUUUAGAUGCUGCACACAUGCCACUAUUUGAAAAGUAUUUGUAUGAAUUUUGAGAUAUUUUUUUCCUUUUGGAAAAAAAAAUCAAGAAACCAACAUGGUAGAUAAAACAUCAGUUAAUAACGUGUUUGUUGUUUUAUGGGAUGCUUAUCGCAUGUCAAUGUCUGAGAAUUAUCACAUGUUCUAUUGACAUGCCAAUGUUUGAGAAUUUACUUUUAUGAAUUAUUGAGAGGUUGAAAAAUCAAGAAUGUUCAACACAAUAGGUCUUGGUGUGAUCAAAUUGUGGUUUGAUUUAGUAUAAGGCACUUUGUAACUUGUUCUCUAGUGUAUGAGGAUAAGUCUUUUUCUUCCCAUUUCAAAUUCUUUGUAAUGAAUUUGAUUGUGUAUUUGCUAAUGUCUAAUUAAGCUUAAUUACUCCA